CCUCACCAGCUUAUAUAUGACGCCAACUCUCCCCCAUAAUCUCCUGCCGUCGUCUGUGUAAAAUAUAUGAGAGGCCGACGGAUCUCCAACACUGCCAUAGAAGAGAAUUCCCCAGUCCCCUGUCAACUCUGCCCGAGGCCGAUCAUCCAUCUUCAAUUCAAAUCUCUCGUCUCCCCGGCGCAUCACCAUCUCUAAUUUUGCUGUCGCUUCUUCUUCCAGGUGGCGCGGAGCAUGUCGACGCCGGCGAGGAAGAGACUGAUGAGGGAUUUCAAGCGUUUACAGCAGGACCCUCCUGCCGGCAUCAGUGGUGCCCCUUACGAUAACAAUAUAACGCUUUGGAACGCUGUUAUAUUUGGCCCAGACGACACUCCUUGGGAUGGAGGUACGUUUAAGUUGACACUUCAGUUUACUGAGGAUUAUCCAAAUAAGCCACCGACAGUGCGGUUCAUUUCAAGAAUGUUUCACCCAAAUAUUUAUGCUGAUGGAAGUAUUUGCUUGGACAUUCUGCAAAAUCAGUGGAGUCCGAUUUAUGAUGUAGCAGCUAUACUUACAUCUAUUCAGUCGCUGCUUUGUGAUCCAAAUCCUAACUCGCCAGCCAACUCUGAAGCAGCAAGGUUGUUUAGUGAGAAUAAACGUGAAUACAACAGGAAGGUGCGUGAGAUAGUUGAACAGAGCUGGACAGCCGACUAGAAUGACUCCUUGCAAAGGUGAAGGAGAUUGCUAAAUGAUGAGCUAAGCUGGGUAGCAGAAACUCAUUUCUCCUGGUUAGAAUGGCCUGUGUUUCUUUGAAAUGUCGUCACUACAUUGUUAACUGAUGUAGUUGAAACAAUUUGGCAAAUUUAUGUGAUGUAUUGGCUUGUAGGGACUCAAGUGUCACUUGUCCCGAUGGAUUGGCUUUGCUUGGAUUGCUAUUUUCCGUAGAAAAAUUUCGUCAUUUUCCGUGAA